CAAGACGUAACGCUGCUGUUUAUUUGUUAAUAAAAAAUCUUUAUGGACUUUUCUUCGCUAUGAGCGCUCCGACGAGCCGCCUGCAGGCGGAGCGCCUCAUCGCUAGCGCCUAUCGCAUCCCUCUUGUUGGGAAUGAUGGUGCGGGCGAUAUUGCAGCGCCGACCGUCUCGAGUGGAUCGAAGUUGCGUACAUUAACGCGGUUACCGUCACGUAACUCCACAUCAUCCAGUGAGUUCUAUCUGCAGCAGUCAGGCGUGCAAUUCUACGUGGACGACCUGGUGCGCCAGCUACAGGACAAGCGCCCUGACCAACCGGCACAGUUCAUCGCGAGCUACUUCAGCGCAGUCGCCAAAGGAUCCAAUGUCAAAAGUCGGCCAUACGAGUACAUCAACGGUUGUCUGCAAAACCGUGUCGCCUUCCUCGCCCAACUACAGCGCAGCUACGCAAAGAUCGAUCACGAGAUAGUCCUCUCCGUUGGAGACUUCACAGAAAUGCUUCGGUGUCAGUGUAGGGACCUGCCAACGCAAUUAAUUUUGCAAGCAACCUGUCAUCUUGUUGAAGACCAAGAUGGCCAGCGGCGAGCAUCGCUGCAAACGUUCUUGGCAGCAUUCAGUGCGUGCUUCUUUUUCAAUGGUAAGAGUGACUGCACGCUUUUGCUCGACACUUGUACCCUCAUGCUUUGUGCGACGAUGACAGAAUUCCUGAACAAGACACACGAUAUAUACAAUGAAAACUCAGCUGCCAAGGACAGUAACAGCAUUCGAUCAGAGAGGUGAAAACUUGCUUACAUUUUGGUAACAAAUUGACCUUUGUAGCUCAAUGUGGAUAUGUACUUGCAGUGUCGCCCACACCGUAAUCGCCGAUCGCGUCAUCGCCAGAUUUCGAGUUGUAGUCCAGCAGAACACGUACGCCCCCAUGUCGUUUGUCCAGUACAGUUCUAACGCCUCUGCCACUUCCAGAUUUAUCAUUCCGCCCAUGAUUGAGGUGGAGAAAAUCGUCGUGAAAAGCUCAGGCUUCAAGGAGGUCAGUUCUCGCAAUUUCCUGGUGUCUCAAUGCACAAACUCAAGUACUCACGACUCGUAGUUCUGCCGCUUGUUCUAUGAGAGUCCGGCACUUGCUGGUUACAUUUUAAAUCUGCAGGUCGCCUUCCAGAAGUUGACCGCGUUGGCAAAGUGAUAUUUCUAGCGCUCUACAUAGUUUAUCUUGAAUUCCUUUUUCGUGUAUAAUUUAGAAAC